AUGGCAACCCUCACAUUGUUUAUGCUUGAACAGCCACAAUUCAAUUAUCGUCGUAAUCUUGGUUGUCAGUUUGUAGCUUUAGCAAACUAUAAACGGAACAUUCAAAACAAAUCAAAACAAACAAAUUACCGCCAAUAUCAAACUCGUACAGUAAACGGCAGACGAGGAAAUCAUUUUAUUGAAUUGGCUGUUUCAUGGUUUGGAUCAGUAGUUAAAUGGAUUCUAGGUGGGAUAAAAGGCAUUCUAAAGUCAUUUGCGGGCUUGGACUGGUGUAAAUUAAGAGAAAGUCUUACAAGCAUUUCUGAAUCACUCAUAAAAGUAAAAGGAAACCGUGACAAUGUUGAUGAAAAUGAACCAAGUGAUUGUAGCGUACCUGGUUCCUCUUCAAAUAUGGACGACGUAAAUACGGAAGAUGACGUUGAAAAAGAACAAGAAAACUGUAAUGAUUGUUAUUCACGUUGUAAAUACGAAUACCAGCGACCAGAUUAUUGCCGCGACAAAACUAAUCUAAAAAAAAUGACAGUAAUUGGUGAUUUAACGUCGACACCGACACCGCCGAAUUUUGAAAUUGAUGAAGAAUUUGAGUAG